AUGCCUUCUGAGCAAGAACUUAAAGACUAUAAAGAGGCCUUUACACUCUUCGACAAGAAAGGGGCUGGCACAAUUCCGUCCGAGACUUUGGGUGAUGUGCUUCGUGCUGUUGGACAGAAUCCUACACAAGCCGAGGUUCAAGAACUUGCCGGGUCUCACGGAUCCGAGAUAAGCUUCGAUGAAUUUGUAAAAAUCCUUCAACGUCCUGGAGGAUUUGCUCCAGCUGGGACUUAUGAGGAGUUUGUAGAUGGUUUUCAAGUCUUUGAUAAAAAGAGGACCGGUUAUAUUUCUGUGACCGAACUCAAAUAUGUCUUGACUAAUUUAGGUGAAAAGUUGAGUGAAACAGAAGUCGAGGAUCUUUUGAAAGAUGAAACAAUCGAUGACAAUGGGAGCAUCAAUUAUCAUGAAUUUGUAAAGAAAAUCUUGAGUUCAUAA